ACCGAACGGUGAUGUCGCGUUCGCUUGCUGCUCUGACUUUUUCGCGUGCGUGUGUGCUUGUGCAUUUCUGAGAGUGUGUGUGUGUGAAGCGAUUGUGUCAAAAGUAAAUUGAAUUAAAGCCCCCAAAAAUAAAUGCAAAACUGGCAGCGAUUUAAUAGUGCCCGUCGCCGAAUUAAUGCCAUUAUAAUAAAUUCAAAGAUAGCUGGUGAAUUGCAAGAGUAACGCCUCGCAGCUUAGAAAAUUCCAAUAGGAAUAAGAGGAGAGUGAGAGAGAGGGGCUCGAAGAGCGAGAGAGAGCCAGCAGCAGAUAGCAAAACAGAACACAAAAGCCGUUAUAUUAGUAGCAGCAAAUCUGCUAGUGUUUGUUUUUGUUCGCAGUUUGCGCGCGUGAUAUUGUUGUUGUUCUUUAAUAGCAGCAUUAUUUUUUUGCGAAUGGUGCAAGAGAGUUUUAAAAAAUCGCCAUCCUGCUUGAAAUAACACCCCUCCGCAGAAAUCCCAAAUCAGAAAGAUGCUGCAGGAAAUGUGAUGUCACCACAUUGGCCCCGCGGCAACAACAAACUUCACUAUCGCCAGCAGAAAAGCAAAUAUCGCCCUGCAUCGACAACAACCACAGCAGCAACAACAACGACAACAACAUAGGCUAUAUAGCAACGAUCUGAAAAUGUUGCACUUGCAUUUGUUUCUGCUACCGCUGCUGCUGCUCAACACAUGCUUGCAACAACACAUUCUGCAGCCGGCGGAAGCGACGGCGUUCCAUCAGUCGGAAGGAGAAAAGCCAAAAGCACACCCCGUCCUCGACGAGUUCUCAACUCACACUGUGAUACGACCGCAGGUGCAACAUGGACGCACCAAGCGCAGCCUGCUAACCACUCUGGAUGCCACCGACGGCCUUCACACGCCGCAGAUUAGCCUGAGUUACACCCACGAGGGCAAGCGGGUUACCAUCGACCUGCAGCGCAACGAUCGCCUCCUGCCGGACUCCCACUUCCUGCGGUCCCAAAAUGCCAGCCGGGGAGCCACUCCUGGCCACGUGGUGACCACCUUCACCAAGACUGAGGUUGACUUAUGCCAUUAUCAGGGACACAUUCGUGGUCAACCAGAUUCCGUGGUAGCGCUCUCCACCUGUGAUGGUGCUCUGGACGGCAUCGUUUUCGAUGGCAGGCAGACGUACUUCAUCCAUCCCCAUGUCGACGGCAGGGGGCGACUGCAGGAUGACCACUAUCUGCUGAGGCAGACAGACAUGCAUCCAACGAACGCCACCUGUGGCUAUGAUAGCCACAGGGACAACCACAGUCACGACUACGAAAAGGCUGACGAGGACAACGGACUUGGAGGGGGGAUUCCUUCACUGCCACUCCGCCUAGAUGGCGGAGAACUCACGAGGACCCUGCUCCGGAAGCGGCGUCAGGCGGACGACAGCAGUCAAUUGAUCCGGGGGCCUUACAAUGCCAACAAGUACUCCAGCUACGUGGAGCUGGUCAUCGUUGUGGACAACAAGGUGUACAAGAAUUUCCAAGAGAACACCAAGAAGGUGCACCAGUACUGCAAGGGCAUUGCCAAUAUUAUCAAUGCGCUCUAUGUCCCCUUGAACAUAUUUGUGGCGCUGGUGGGCGUGGUGAUCUGGAACGAGAGCAAUGAAAUCGAGUUCUCGAGUGAUGGCGACGUGACACUGCGAAAUUUUCUGAACUACCGGAGCACCAAACUGGUGGUGGAGCACCCCAACGAUAAUGCCCAGCUGCUGACCAAGGAGAACUUCGCCGGCGGUGUGGUGGGCAAGGCCCUGAAGGGUCCCAUCUGCACGUACGAGUACUCCGGCGGAGUGAGCAUGCAGCACAGUCCUAAUCCGGCAAUGGUGGCCACCACAAUGGCCCACGAGAUGGGGCAUAACUUUGGCAUGGAGCACGAUACACCGGAGUGUCAUUGUCGGGAUGAGAAGUGUGUGAUGGCCGCCUCGAGUACCUCGUUUAUUCCAGUUAACUGGAGCAGCUGCAGCAUUGACCAGCUCACGAUAGCCUUCUCGCGCGGCAUGAACUACUGCCUGAGGAACAAGCCGGAAAGGCUGUUCGAAUCACCGACCUGUGGCAAUGGCUUCGUGGAGCCUGGGGAACAGUGCGAUUGCGGAUUACCGGAGCACUGUGAGAAUGCCUGUUGCAAUGCCAAGACCUGCAUGUUGCACUCCAAAAAUGCCACCUGUGCCACCGGAGAGUGCUGUGAUCUGACCACAUGUCGACCCAAAAUAGCGGGCAGUGCCUGUCGCGAAGCUGAAAACGAGUGUGAUUUACCGGAGUACUGCACCGGGGAGUCUGAGUACUGUCCGGCGGAUGUCUUCCGGCGGGAUACGGAGCCCUGCGACGGCGGUCAGGCCUACUGCUUCCACGGCACCUGCCGGUCUCACUCCAAUCAGUGUCGAACGCUGUGGGGACCCACGGGUGAUAACUCGGAGCAUUGCUACAACAAGAACACCGAGGGCACUAGGUUGGGCAAUUGCGGCUACAAUAGACUGAACAAGACCUUUUUGCGCUGCGAGGAGCAGCAUGUCAAUUGCGGAAUGCUCCACUGCAUCCACUUAAACGAACGCCUCGAAUUCGGCAUGGAAUCGGCAGCUGUGCUGUCCCAUUCCUAUAUUAGUCACGAUCGCAAGAUAGUUGCCUGUCGCACUGCCUUGGUGGACCUGGGUUUGCAGACCACCGAUCCCGGCCUGACGCCCAAUGGCGCGAAAUGCGGCACCGAUAAGAUGUGUGUUGAUCAGCGAUGCCUGCCGGUAGCCACGGUUCGGCAGACGGGCAUGGGAAUGCCGUGUCCGGAGAACUGCAAUGGCAAUGGCAUUUGCAAUAGUCGAGGCCACUGCCACUGUGAUGUAGGAUUCGGCGGGGAAGCGUGCUCGAAGGCGGGAUCUGGAGGUUCCCCGGACAGUGGACCAGCCACAGAUCCAAAUGGUUCUGUGGGCUUCAAGCGAUUCCUUUACGUGCUGUUCUUCUUUGUGCUGCCCGUGGUGGCUAUCUUCUGGUUCCUCUAUCACUGCUACAAGAACGGAAUGCUGACGCGCGGAAAGCUGGCGGACAAUAUCUUGAAAUCGUCUGGUGGAAGCAAACCCAUCACAACGCGAACCAAUCAAAAUGGCACAGGGCCACCGCCAAGUAAUGGACUAUUGAAAUCCACGCCCAGCAGUACGGAUGAUAUGGAUUCGGCACUAUUAAAAUCGCCAAGCGACUCCACACCGUCAGCUGGAUUGUUUGGCAAAUUCGAUGGCUUCACUCUGCGACCGCUGAACGAUGCAACUUCACCAGCGAGCAACUACAGCGGACCGAAUGUGGCCUUUGUGCAGCCCACUGUGCAGCAGGAGGCACCACAACGGAUGGCACCACCACCGCCAGCAGUAAAGCCAGGAACGGCUCCCAUUCAUCCUCCAUCCCCAAAACCGGAAGCCACGUGGGUGCGGCCAGCGCCUGCCUUGCCACCACCCAAUCCUGGCUCAACGGCACGUCCCAUAAUCUCACCACCCAAACUGGAUUCCAGUACACUAACCAUGGUGCCACUCAAGGACAGCACAGAGGAUCUCUCGCCCAGUCGAUCUGCUCCUCCAGUUCCUCUACACUCGGAUCCCAAGCUUAAUGUCAAACGAGAUGGUACCAUACGUCGAUUUGCUUCGUUUCUGAAAAAGGAGGAGAAACCGCCACUGAAAGAGAAGACCUACAUCGACCGGGAGCGGCUACGAACGCUAGAAAUUUCCGCCCCUAUGCCUGUGCCCGCUGCCCCUCAAGCUGAAUCGUCCAAUUCCGAUUCGGAGACCACUCCCCGCGAGGAGGAAACCCAAAAUCUGGUAAAACGCGCGCAGUCCAUGCGUUCGCCCACCAAAAAGACUCCACUACAGAGCUUUGGAUCCAUGCGUUCUCCACCGGGACUGCCACGCCCCAAGAGUGGCCAGGUGAACAGCAAUGGCGCCUCGAGGCCCAAGUCGCCACCUCCAAGGCCUCCGCCAGUGGUGGUCAAGAAAACCAACUCCAUCAGCUCAUCGGGCUAUCAGCGGCCGGUAUCCACUGCCCAGAGAUCGGUGGAGAACACCUAUGACGACUGCGAAUUUGUGGAGAAUGAAGUUAGAGCCUCGAACGACGACAUUUACUCCGUAAUUGAUGAGAUUCCGCCAGCGGCACAGACCCUCAAGCGCAGCGAUUUGGUUGCCAACAGGGCGAGUAAUGGCAGCGAUAUGGGAUUGCUGAAUGAAAUAGUGAAUGAACUGGAAAAGAUCAACGGGGAUUCCAUCUACUCAGGAAAGCCCGUUGCUGCUGCAGCAGCCGCAGCUCAACCACCCGCAGAUCCCCCCAAAAGCCCCCAGCGUCCUGCUCCACCCAAGCCAGCGAGCAGUGUGCUGGAGGAAAAGGCAGCUAAUGCACCUGCAAGCACAUAUCAUCGCCCGCCGCCAGCCAACGCGCCCGUGGCUCGGGUUAAGCCCACUGUGGCGGACAAAUCGCAGGCGCAGCCCAGCAUGUCCAGCUUUAAGCCGGCGGCGGGCAACGGCGGUCAGUCGCAGCCAGCGCCAGUGGUACAGCUGGCCAAACGGAGCAGCAGCGGCAGCAUGAGCGGAGUAGCCAAUUCCGCCCGUCCCAAAUCCUUUAUGAAGAGCACAACGAAAACACUGCCGAAUGGAACGGCUGGAGCGUCGGCCACGGCGCCAUCGGCCACCAUUCAAAAGCCCAAACCGCUCUCGGCAAAGCCAUCCUUCAGCGGCGGAGGAGCGGGAGGAGUACUGGGAAAGCGGGCCAAUGGCGGAGCAGCGCCCACGCCACCCACUGUAAAGUCCAACAUUGCAUCGCUGACACAGCGAUUCGAGCAGAGCAAGUAGACUAAGAAACACUAAGAGAUACACAUGAAGGGCUUGACCAUAGAGCAUAGCAUGAAAAUUGUAUUGGAAAAUGAAGGAUGGGUGGGUGUAGGUUGAUUCAUAAGAACUGAAAAUCUCAUCCUUACCAAAUUUUAAAAAUGUAAUUAUAGUUCAUUGAUAGUUUAGACAUGUUAUAGCAAAGCAAAGUUUCUUAAAUAUUAUCGUACCACAUAGUGAUCACCAUUUUAUUCAAGGCAUCAGGAAAGUGUAUUUCUUAAAUUUUUCAAAAUCAUGCCUUUGUGUGAAAGUAAGAAAAUAUAAUAGCCUGUAUUCUCCGCCGCUUUGUGAUUCUUGACUAUGCUCUUGGUCUGUCUAAAUACCCACCCUGCGUGGAAUUGACUUAGGUUUUAGUUAAGUUACGAUUUAAUUUCAUUUGGCACUGACUAUGACUACGACUGCGUCGUCUUUGAUAUUCAUUCCUUUACCAAUGCCCCACUAGUUAGACGUAAGGCGUUGCUUAACUCAUGUGCUAAGUAUGUAUGUAUCUCAAUGGUUAAUGUUUAAGCGCUGCAUGUGAAGUUUUAUUUUAGCCCCUAACGAUAGCUGCGUAAAUGUAUCUGUAUCUAUACUAUACUCUACGGUAAUCCCCUGUAUUUAUGUACAUGUAUGUUUAUAUGCAAUAUGCUUUUGUAAAUAAAAACCAAAGAAGUUAAAUUGUCACAACAACUGCGCCGCCUCGAAUUAAUCAAAGUAAAAAGUGUUGUAUAGCUGGGAAUAUUGAAAAAGUAAUUAAAAGCGUCAUUCAGUAGCGAAAUCAGUUAAAAUUGUCUCAAUGUUGCAAGGAAUUACGUUACGCCCCAUAUGUAAGAACAAUAUCA